CCCAAGUGGCAUCUUGUCUCGUAAGUUUUGAAAAUAAUUCUUUUAAAGUUUUUGCCAUCCAUUAGUAAUAUUUGAUAAUUUUUGAACCAAUAAAUAGUAACAUGAAUUUUAAUAUUAAUUUGGAUAUUAUUUCUAGAACAAUUCGUAUAAUUAUUGGCAAUUUUAACAUUUUCAAUUUUGUUAACCUGUCUUUUACUCUAAGCCUAAGUUUCCUAAGUUUUUAAUUAGUAAUUAAGUAUAAAAAUUUAGAUUGUUGCUCAAUACGACAUAAACAUUUAUUAAAUUAAACAUGCCACAAGAAAAGUGUCUCAGAACCUUCCAAAUUUGGAUAGGAUUUGAGGUUUAUCGUAACUCAAAUUAAACGUAAAGAUGUCGGGAGGAAUCGAGGCUUUAAGCCUUAAAGAGGACGAUGUUACCAAGAUGUUGGCGGCUUCCACCCAUCUUGGAACAGCAAAUGUUGAUUUUCAAAUGGAACAGUAUGUAUACAAACGUCGUCAUGACGGUACUCACAUCAUCAACUUAAGGAAAACGUGGGAAAAGAUUCUCUUGGCAGCCCGUGCCAUUGUUGCUAUUGAACACCCUGGUGAAGUUUUCGUAAUUUCAUCUCGUCCCUAUGGCCAGCGUGCUGUUCUUAAGUUUGCUGCUCACACUGGAGCUACCCCUAUUGCUGGAAGAUUUACUCCUGGUGCUUUUACCAAUCAGAUCCAAGCUGCAUUCAGGGAACCUCGUCUGUUGAUCGUCACUGACCCUGCUUUUGAUCACCAACCUAUCACUGAAGCCUCUUACGUAAACAUUCCAGUUAUUGCUUUGUGCAAUACUGAUUCUCCAUUACGUUUUGUUGAUAUUGCCAUUCCCGGAAACAACAAAGCCUCACACAGUAUUGGUUUACUGUGGUGGCUUUUGGCUAGAGAGGUUCUCCGUCUUAGAGGAAUCAUUCCACGGGAUACCAAAUGGGAUGUUGUAGUAGAUCUUUUCUUCUACCGUGAACCAGAAGAGGCUGAAAAGGAAGAACAAGCUGCCAAAGAAGCUGUGGCUGCUGUUGUCAAACCUGUAGAUAUCCCAGCUCCUCUUGAAGGCCAAGACUUGGACUGGAAUACUACUGAAACUACUGAUUGGAAUGCUGAAGUUGCACCAGUUGCUCCUGUUGCUGCACCUGCAUACAAUGUUAGUGCUACUCAAGAUUGGGCUUCUGAAGUUGCUCAAGAGGAAUGGUCUACAAGUCAACCAGCUGCUCCUGCUGCUCCAGCUGCUGCUGCUCCAAAUUGGGGAGGUGCCAGUGAAUGGCGUUAAAAAUACUGUUUUGGACCAAUAAAUAAAACCCUUUAUUACCCGU